AUGACGACUUGCACAACAAAAAGAUCUCCACAUCAACGUUCUCAACAAAAAACAAGAGCGCCAAGUCAGAAACCACCUCAACCAAAGCCAGAUGUAGAAGAUAUCGAACUUGUUGGAUAUAAACCAAGCGAAUAUAGAGCUUUUCGUCAACCAACACCAUUAAGAGGUCGCACAGCUCCAGUUGAGCACGGAUCGAGAGAUAUAUUUAAAGAUCAUCAUACUCCAAUACAAAUUACUAAGAAAUUUUCAGGUGAUCCGAUUUUAUCAGUUCCAAUAAGAAAAUCCAAGCAGCAAAUUGUCAAACGAUCAAUACUAGAGCCAAUGAAAGAACGAGAUCCAUCUGUUCCAAUUCACGAAUUUUUGUUCGAAGAAUCUAUUGAUCCACACGAGAACAUCGACCCUUGGGGAUAUACAGCAGGCGAAAAGAUUAACCAUCCUGAAGCAGAAGUUGGUGGUAUCAAAAUCAAAAUUUCACGUCUCGAAUUAUAA